AUGCUGGAUUUGUAUGACGUAGCUCCCUAUUUCAAGACGGAACCCAGUUUGCCUCAGACGCAUCUGGAAGGAAACCGCCUUGUUCUCACCUGCUUGGCAGAAGGAAGCUGGCCUUUGGAAUUUAAGUGGCUGCAUAAUGAUAUGGAAAUCACAGAGUUCUCCAGAGAAUAUAAAUACGUCAUUCCAUCCUUGAAAAAAUCGGAUGGUGGUUUUUAUCAGUGCGUCGUGCGGAACAGGAUGGGGGCCCUCUUGCAAAGGAAAUCAGAGGUUCAAGUGGCAUACAUGGGAAGCUUCCAGGAUGGGAACCAGUGGACAACCGUACCCGAAGGACAAGCUGCUGUCCUCAACGUUCCCCACAUCCCCAGUUACCCCAAACCCCAAGUGACGUGGUUUAGAGAUGGGCACAAGAUUAUACCGAGCAGCAGAAUAACCAUCACCCUAGAGAACCAGUUGGUCAUUCUCGCAACGUUGCCAACUGAUGCUGGGAACUACUACGUCCAGGCGGUCAAUGAGAAGAAUGGCGAGAACAAGACGAGUCCGUUGAUUUGCCUGAACGUGACAAGUGCUGAUGCCUCAACCAACACCAUGACCCCCACGAUCGUGAUCCCUCCACAUAACUCAAGUGCAACCCCUGGGAGCAAUGGAGCCAUCCUGGAGUGUCUGGCCAAUGGCAGCCCCAUUGAGAAAUUAAGUAUCACCUGGAAGAGGAAUGGGAAAAUCCUCAAUGGGAUCGGCAGCCUGGGCAGACGUCUAGCUAUCACGAACCCAACUUCAGCUGACAUGGGAAUGUAUGUCUGUGAGGCACAACUGAACGACAGCCCCAUCCAGCCUGAAAGAGCUAACACCUUCCUGUCUAUCCUGGAGCCACCGUAUUUUACCGCUGAACCGGAAGACCGGAUUUUGCUAGAAGUACAGAAGACCGUGAGCAUCCCAUGCCAAGCAACGGGCAUCCCACGGCCUCUUCUAGCUUGGUAUAAGGACGCUGUCCUCAUCAGCCAACGAGUUCAUCCUCGUUACACAGUGCUACUCAACGGAACUCUUCAGAUUCGGAGAGCACAGCCGGAAGAUUCUGGAAUCUUUCAGUGUUUUGCAAGGAAUGAGGUUGGCGAGAUAGAGAGCCAUACCUACCUUGAGGUCACCAAUGUGGCACCCACCUUCUCCUGGCCCCCGGCAGAUGCCACCAUCACCGAAGGGAUGAGUGCCGUGUUAAGAUGUGAAGUUUCUGGAGCUCCAAAGCCCGCCAUUGCAUGGAAAAGGGGGAAUCAGAUUUUGGCCAGUGGCUCCAUUCAGCUCUCCAGGUUCCGUCUCCUUGGGUCUGGCGGUCUUCAGAUCAACCCUGUCUUCCUCGAAGAUGCUGGGGUCUACACCUGCUGCGCGGUCAACUCCGAAGGCGCCCUGAACGCCUCUGCUUCUCUCACCGUGUGGAAUCGCACUUUUAUCGCCCGCCCUCCAGAGGACAGCACUGUCAUUAAGGGGACAACAGCAAUGCUGCAGUGUGAAGCUGCUCACGACCCAAGGAUUUCGAUCAGGUACACUUGGAAGAAGGAUGCCGUGAUCAUCAAUCCAUCCAGCAGCUCCCGAAUCACCAUAGAGAAAGAUGGCAGCCUCACCAUUGGCCAGACGUGGUCAGGGGACAUUGGAGACUACACCUGCGAAGUCAGUUCCUCGGGCGGGAAUGAUUCACGGGUGGCCCGAAUGGAAGUAAUAGAGCUGCCACAUCCACCACAGAACCUACUUGCCACUCUGAAUUCUUCCUUCAGCCGCAGCGUCAUCCUCUCCUGGGUGAGACCCUUUGAUGGAAACAGUCCCGUUCUGCACUACAUCGUCGAAGUCUCUGAGAACAAUUCUCCCUGGAAAGUUCAUCUCUCCAGUAUUGAUCCAGCAUUGACCAGCAUCACUGUGAGCGGGUUAACCCCAGCCCGGACCUACCAGUUUAGAGUCUGUGCUGUUAACCAAGUGGGCAAAGGGCAGUACAGCCUAGAAACCAGCAGAUUGAUGUUACCGGAAGAACCCCCAAGUGCGGCGCCCAAAAACAUCGUGGCUAGCGGACGGACCAAUCAAUCCAUCAUGGUUCAGUGGCAGCCUCCCCCCGAAAGUGAACAUAAUGGUGUCCUCCAUGGCUACAUCAUAAGAUACCGCUUAGCAGGACUUCCUGGGGAGUAUCAAUACAAGAACAUAACCAGCGCGGAGAUAAACUACUGCUUGAUCAAAGACCUGAUCAUCUGGACUCAGUAUGAAAUCCAGGUGGCUUCUUAUAAUGGAGCUGGCCUGGGAGCCUUCAGCAGGGCAGUCACUGAAUAUACAUUGCAAGGAGUGCCCACCGCUCCCCCCCAGAAUGUCCAAGCAGAAGCGGUCAACUCCACCACCGUCCAGUUCUUCUGGAACCCACCUCCACAGCAAUUCAUCAACGGGAUCAACCAAGGAUAUAAGCUUUUGGCAUGGCCAGUUGAUGCCCCAGAUGCUAAGACCGCCGUCACCAUUCCUCCAGAUUUUCAUGGCGUCCACAGAGGAUACAUAACCAACCUGAAGAAAUUUACAGCUUACUAUACAUCAAUCCUUUGCUUCACCACCCCAGGAGACGGACCACCCAGUCCACCACAGUUGCUGCAGACUCACGAAGACACACCAGGAACGGUGGGACACCUGAGCUUCACAGAGAUUCUGGACACUUCACUCAAGGUCAGCUGGCAAGAACCCGUUGAGAAAAACGGCAUCAUUACAGGCUAUCAAAUUUCCUGGGAGGUCUACAGCAGGAAUGAAUCUCGCCUGGUUCGGACGCUGGCAAACACAACCCUCGAGUACAAAAUCACAGGCUUGUCGUCUCUCACGACCUACACCAUCGAAGUAGCAGCCAUGACAGCAAAGGGAACCGGCUUGAUCACUUCAUCGACCAUCUCAUCUGGCGUCCCCCCAGAGCUUCCUGGUGCACCUUCCAAUUUGGUCAUCUCAAACAUCAGCCCUCGAUCUGCAACUCUUCAGUUCCGGCCUGGAUAUGAUGGAAAGACCUCAGUCUCUAAGUGGAUCGUGGAGGGACAGGUUGGCGUAAUAGGAGAGGAAGAAGAGUGGAUAACUCUGUGCCAAGUGGAGAAGGAGUCGAAUGCUCAAUUGUUGGAGAUCCCAAACCUCACACCUUACACUCAUUACAGGUUCAAGAUGAAGCAGGAAAACAUUGUUGGUCAAAGCCCAUUCAGCCAGCCCUCACGGGUCAUUCAGACCCUCCAAGCACCCCCAGAUGUGGCACCGGGGAGUGUGACAGUGCGUACUGCCAGUGAGACGAGCUUAUGGGUCCGCUGGGUGCCUCUGCCUGAUGCGCAAUACAAUGGGAACCCUGAGUCAGUCGGUUACAGGAUCAAGUACUGGUGUGUGGACAUGCAGUGUCCUGCCCUGGCCAAGGUCAUCAGUGACCGACUGGAGACUGAAGUCACCGUCGAGGACCUUCAAGAGUGGACCGAGUAUGAGCUGCAGAUCCAAGCCUUCAACGCCAUUGGGUCGGGACCCUGGAGUGAGGUGGUGCGAGGCCGUACACGAGAAUCAGUUCCUUCAGCUUCCCCAGCAAAUGUGUCCGCUGAAGCGGUGAGUUCCACUCAGAUCCUUUUGACGUGGUCAGCUGUGCCCGAAGCCGAGCAAAACGGACUCAUUCUGGGCUACAAGAUUUUGUACAAGGCCAGAGAUGUGCAAAGUCAGCCAAGCAGUCAAGUGGUCAGAGGGAACCACAGUCUUUCGGUCCUGCUAGCUGGCCUUCAGAAGUACGUGGUCUAUGAGAUUCAGGUGCUGGCCUUCACGCGCAUUGGAGAUGGGGUGGCCAGCAAUCCACCAGUCACUGAGCGAACUAAGGAUGAUGUCCCGGGCCCCCCGGUGCGAUUGGUAUUUCCUGAAGUGAGGCUGACGUCCGUGCAGAUUAUGUGGCAGGCUCCUGAGGAACCAAAUGGAAUUAUUCUUGGGUAUCAGAUUGCUUACCGUCUGGCAUCCAGCAGCCCCAACAAGUUCACCACGGUGGAAGUGGGGUCAACAGUUCAACAGUUUGCAGCUACAGAUCUCAUCCCUGAAUCCGCAUAUAUUUUUCGAGCUUUGGCCAAAACCCGUCAGGGUUGGGGUGAGCCCUUGGAAGCAACUGUGAUCACGACAGAAAAGAGAGAACGGCCAGCCCCUCCCAAGGAAUUAAAAGUCCCUCAGUCUGAAGUCACAUCCCGGAGUCUCCACCUGCACUGGGUCCCUGGAAGUGAUGGCUCUUCUCCGAUACGUUACUUUACCAUUCAGUUGAAAGAGCUGCCAAACGGAGACUGGAAAACCUACACUUCAUCCGUCAAUCACAAAGCUACCUCCUGUUUGAUUGACAGGUUGAACCCUUUUACCUCUUACAAGCUGCGCCUGAAAGCCACCAACGAUGUCGGAGACAGCAACUUCGGUGCCGAGACGGAGGCAGUCACUACACUGCAAGAUGUUCCAGAUGAACCGCCAAGUUCCGUGUCUGUGACCCCAUACACAACAUCGUCGGUUCUAAUACAGUGGCAGCCUCCAAAAGUAGAGAGUCUGAAUGGCCUUCUUUUGGGAUAUCGUAUUUAUUAUCGGGAGCUGGAACCUGAAAACGCUGGACCAGGAACAGAAUCCAAAGUCCUUAAAAACCCAUCAGCUUUGCGAGCAGAAAUUACAGCCCAAAGCAUCUUCAAGGCGGUGAACAGCAGCUCAGACUUAACAACCUACGAAUUAACAAAGCUGAAAAAGUACAAGAGGUAUGAAGUGGUCAUGACAGCAUAUAACAUUAUUGGGGAAAGCCCGGCCAGCGCCCCUGUGGAAGUCUACGUUGGAGAAGCAGCUCCUGCGAUGCCUCCCCAGAAUAUCCACAUCAGUGCCGUGUCUGCAAGCCAGCUGGAGAUCACCUGGGACCCCCCUCCCGUCGACAGCCAGAACGGAAUCAUUCAAGGCUACAAGGUUUAUUAUUGGGAGAAAGACGGUCAGAAUGACACUGAAAAAGUGAAGGUUCUCUUCUUCCCCGAUACGAGCAUCCGGCUCAAAAACCUGACCAGUUUCUCCAAGUACCUGGUCUGUAUUUCCGCUUUUAAUGCAGCGGGGGAUGGACCCAAGACAAGCCCUGCGGAAGGCAGGACCCUCCAGGCAGCUCCAGGUGCCCCCGGUUUCUUGAUCUUCUCCGAAAUCACCUGUUCUGCACUUAAUGUGUCUUGGGGAGAGCCAACAGCUGCCAAUGGGAUCCUGCAGGGUUAUCGGGUGAUCUAUGAACCUUUGGCUCCAGUUCAAGGGGUGAGCAAAGUGGUGACCGUGGACAUCCAGGGUAAUUGGCAACGCUGGCUAAAAGUCAGAGAUCUCACCAAAGGAAUGACCUACUUGUUCCGAGUACAAGCCAGGACCAUUAUCUAUGGACCUGAACUGCAAGCCAACAUCACAGCUGGGCCAGCGGAGGGUAAUACUGGGUCUGUUAUCCAUCCUUUAAUCCAGAAAAGCACAUGUGGAUUGUGCACUGUCUGUUGGGGUAAGCCCUGUGAAACGAUCAGCAGUGACCACCAGACCUCCUCAUUCUUUACUGCUUCUGCAGAUGAAGGUGUGUGGGACCUGUUUGUGAAGAACAUUCCGCGGAGUGCCACGUCCUACACGGUCAGCUUGGACCAGCUGAAAGAAGGAGUAAGCUAUCAGUUCCGGGUGGUGGCGGUGAACGAGUUUGGAUACGGAGAACCCAGUGCAGCUUCUGUAGCCAUCUCAGCUCACACAGGAUCUCCUUUCUACGAAGAAUGGUGGUUCUUGCUUGUGGUGGCCCUCUGCAGCCUCAUUCUCAUCCUGAUGGUCGUCUUUGCGUUGAUCUUGCACAACCAGACUAAGAAAUAUCGAGACAACAGCGCAGAGCCAGAGAAAGGUCUACGCCUUCGCUCAUUCUGUCGCCAUUUGUCUCCAGGAAAAAAUGCGGCCGGCGUGGAAGAAAGUGUCACUCUGGAUAACGGGGGGUUUACAUCUCUGGAACUCAACAGCCGGCAUCUCAGUGUUAAAAAUGCUUUCUUGAAGAAGAACGGGACCAGAUCGCCACCUCGCCCAAGCCCUGGAGGCCUUCAUUAUUCGGACGAGGACAUCUGCAAUAAGUACAACGGAGCCGUGCUGGCAGAAAGCAUUGCCCUCACCGAGAAACCCUUGGAUGCUUCAGAGUCGGAAGGGACGGAUUCAGACUACGAAGAUGAGCUGCCCAAGCAUUCUUUUGUCAACCACUACAUGAGCGACCCAAGUUACUACAAUUCCUGGAAACGCCAGCAAAAGGGCACAAAGCAUUCGACGCCUUACAGGUAUGAGGAGCGAGUUGCCAGCGAGGCUGAACCUUACUUCCAGACUGUUAUCACAACACAGAGUUCAGGAGGGGUCUACACCCCAACAGGACAGCCCGCUCCGGGCUCAAGGACUCCAGUGACAGGUUUCUCUUCAUUCGUCUAAGACCCAAGCAAAGCGCGCCGACCUCAAUUCAGUGGCCUGCCCAGGUUUGGGCCAACACCAGCCCAUCCCGACGUGACUCCGGGCGGCACCGAUGCAGUGGACUGGGGGUAUAUUUCUCUUUAUCAGGGUAGAAUGGAUGUACAUGUGAAUGUCUUUUGUUUUUUGGUUUUUUUUUUCAAGACAAUCAACACUUUAAGACAUGGAGCUGAUGCGUUUGCUUUGAUUUUUUUUCCCCCUUUGAAAAAUCCCAUAAAUGAUCAAAACCUCACCAUUUUAACCACUUUGGAGUAUGAUUUAA